AUAAUAAAAAAUCAUCCAAACCUUCUGCAACUAAUUAUAUUUAUAUAGUUUCUGGAGGAUUCUUCGAAACUAACAUCAGCAUAUGUAUCGUGGGUGAUGAACUGCCUCCUAAUUUUAUCAUCCAUCCUUUUCAUUCCAGGCUUUCGUCUUUACUUCUGCAGUAAUAACCAGUAGCAACUUAUAACAAAUCCCUAAAUCUUGGUGUUCUGUUCUUUCUGCAAGGUGAAGAACUUACCCUUUUUGGAGUGUUGAGUAGAAUUUUGAUCUGGGUUUGGAAGUAUGGGUGGCAAUGGAGCAAAAAAUCGUGAUUUUUAUGAAGUUUUGGGGUUGAAGAAGGAAUGCACUGAAAUAGAGCUCAAGAAUGCUUACAAAAAGCUUGCACUAAAAUGGCAUCCUGAUCGGUGCUCGGCGGCCGGAAACACCAGAUACGUGGAGGAGGCGAAGAAAAAGUUUCAGGCGAUACAAGAAGCUUAUUCUGUACUCUCCGAUGUGGAUAAAAGAUUUAUGUACGAUGUAGGAGUUUACGAUAGCGAGGAUGACGAAAAUGGUAUGGCUGAUUUUAUGAGGGAAAUGGCUGUGAUGAUGAGUCAGAAUAAACCCACUGAAAAUGGAGAGAGUUUUGAAGAACUAAAGGAUUUAUUUGAUGAGAUGUUUGAAAGCGACACCGAAUCAUUUGAUUCGACUUCACAUUCAUCUUCUUUAUUUUCGAGUUGUGGUGAAAGUUCAAGCUCUAGUUCUUCAAACAAGCGAGGUUCGUCGACUAUGUCAAACAUAAAAAACGAAGAGCCUUCGUUUUUUGAUGCGCACAUCCAAGGAUUUUCUGUAGGGGAUGUUUCAAAAUCUAGGACUCCACAUAUUAGAGCACAACAGACUUUCCCUAGUCUAAUCUCAUUGGUAUUGUCUCAUACAUGAACAUACGGGCAGAAGAUAUGAUGAGAGGAGUAGCAACAGGAGGAAAGGAAGGCAUGAUUAAUGCUUUAACCCAAAAUAAGAUUUCUUGUGAAAUUAGGUUCUUAAUCACUUCAGAAUCCUUUGAUUGUCAUCAAAACAGUUGUAGUUGUUUUUAUGUAGUUAUAUUUUCUUGUAUCGAAAUCAAGUGGCUUUAAAUGUAUUGUUUUCUUUUAUGCAAAAGUGGGAUUUUUUUGGUUAA